AUGUUUCCACUGCCUUUGUUGCUUCUUCUGCUGCAUUCGCUCUGGCCAGCAUCAAGCAUUUCAGCCUUCUCAGCUGCAGAGAUAUUCAGCAUCAGCAAUGAGACUGACAUGGAUUCCUUGCUGGCACUCAAGACUAGUCUCGGUGACCAGUCAGGUGUGCUAUCCUCCUGGAACGCAAGUGGUGACUUGUGUCGAUGGCUAGGUGUGGUAUGCAGCCUCAGACACAAGCAAAGGGUCUUGAAACUGAAUCUCUCCUCGGCUGGCCUCUUCGGCACAAUUGCUCCUUCCAUUGGGAACCUCACGUACCUCGCUCAUGUAGACCUCAGUUCAAAUGCACUUCAUGGUGGAUUUCCGGCGACGAUUGGGCGCCUGCAUCGGUUGCGGUAUCUUGACUUGUCACACAACUCACUUCAAGGCGAGAUCCCAGAUAGCUUGAUGAACUGCACCAAAUUUACAAGCAUCGCCCUUUAUUCCAACCGACUCACCGGAGAAAUCCCUGCUUGGCUUGGAGGUUUAUCCAACCUUGAGUACAUUUACCUAGAAGCCAACAACUUCACUGGGGCCAUCCCGCCAUCACUCGCCAACCUCUCGUCCCUGCAGGAACUCUAUUUCUCACGAAACCAUCUUGAGGACACCAUUCCUGAGGGCAUUGGUAGGCUCGGUAUGCUUCAGUACGUUGCACUGGGAGAAAACCACCUCGUGGGCACCAUCCCCGCAACUUUCUUCAACCUUUCUUCGCUGGCUCAGCUCGGAGUGACAAACAAUGAACUUGAGGGAACGCUGCCGUCUAACCUGGGGAAUAACUUGCCAAAUCUCCAGGCCCUCUACCUUGACUUAAACCACUUCACAGGAAGAGUUCCAGCUUCACUAGCAAAUGUGACCACCGUAGAUGUUCUAGACAUCUCGCUCAAUAACUUCACUGGAAAAUUGCCUCCAGAGAUUGGAAAGCUCUGCCCGGAUAUCUUAUCUCUCAGCAGAAACCAACUUGAGAUAAGCACUGUUCAGGACUGGGAGUUCAUCACCUUCUUGUCCAACUGCACAUACCUCCGUGUACUUGAUCUUGGUUACAACCAUUUUACUGGGGAACUUCCGAGCUCAUUUGCCAACCUGUCAGCUCAUCUCCAGCUGUUGUCGGUUGAAGCAAACGAUAUCUAUGGGAAGAUACCUGUCCACAUUGGCAACCUUUUGGGGCUACUUGAGGUGUCAUUUUCCAACAACCGAUUUGCUGGAGUCCUACCUGACAGCAUUGGAAGGCUAAAAAUGCUAACAGUAUUGGACCUCCAAAAUAACCUACUAUCGGGGAUCAUUCCGUCAUCGCUUGGGAACCUAACACAGAUGCAACAGUUGUUUGUGAAUGGGAAUAACUUUGAGGGACCUAUUCCACGAAGCCUUGGGAACCUGCAACAGUUAAUUACUGCAAACUUUUCGAGCAACCAGUUCACCAGUUCAUUGCCUAGAGAGAUUUUUAGCAUACCAUCUUUGUCAAAUGCUCUUGAUUUGUCAAACAAUCAUUUGGUUGGUAUUCUUCCGUCUGAAGUUGGCAUACUCAAGAAGGCCACCUUCUUGUACUUGUCUCGAAACAACUUGUCUGGGGUACUGCCCGAUGCUUUGAGCAACUGCCAAAGCUUGGUGGGCCUCCAUUUGGACAGCAACUCCUUUAGCGGCAGCAUCCCUAUGCCUAUGAGCAAUGUGCAUGGUUUGGUAAUAUUAAACCUCUCAAGAAACAAGCUUUCAGGCAUGAUUCCUCAAGAAUUAGGACGCAUGAAGGGACUAGAAAAGUUGCAUCUUGCACACAACUACUUAUCUGGAAAGAUCCCCGAGUCAUUCGAAAACAUGACCAAACUGUACCAAUUGGACUUAUCCUUCAACCAUUUGGAGGGUAAAGUUCCAGUGCAUGGUGUGUUUGCUAACAUAAGUGGAUUCUCCUUUGCUGGGAACAAUGGUCUCUGUGGUGGUAUCCUGCAACUGCACUUGCCUUCAUGUCCAGCUGAACCUUCAAAGCAUAGUCAAAGGAAACAUCAUGUCAUUCUAAAAGCAGUGAUUCCAGUCGCUAGCAUCAUAUUGUUCACAAUAUUAACAUUUUUAUCAUUUUUCUUGAGAAAGAAAUUGAGAGGUCGGUCGAUAGAAAAAACAAAAACUGCUCCACCAUUAAUGAAUGAAAUGUACCCUAGAGUUUCUUACGAUGAACUUGUCCAAGGAACAGAUGGUUUUGCUAGAAACAAUUUGAUCGGCAUAGGAAGAUAUGGUUCAGUGUAUAAGGGGAAUUUACUGCUGAAGAAUACAAUAACUGAAGUUGCUAUUAAGGUUUUUGAUCUUCAGCAGCCUCACUCUUCCAGGAGUUUUCUAGCAGAGUGUGAGGUGCUCAGUAAGGUCCGCCAUCGUAAUUUGGACAGUGUGAUAACCUGCUGUGCUAGCUUGGACUCGAAGAGGAAUGACUUCAAAGCCCUUGUGCUUGAAUUCAUGCCUAACGGGAGCCUAGAUACGUGGUUGCAUCCAAGUCUACAUGUACAAGAGAGGCAAUGCUUGAAGCUGAUGCAAAGGUUGAACAUUGUUGUUGAUAUUGCUGAUGCACUCGACUACCUGCAUAACAACUGUGAGCCACCAAUUGUACACUGUGACCUGAAGCCAAGCAACAUCCUUCUUGAUGAGAAUUUGGGUGCCCAUAUUGGGGAUUUUGGUCUUGCAAAGAUCCUUUCAAAUCCAGUUGGUGAGAAACCGAUCAGAUCGAAAAGUACCAUCGCCAUACGAGGAACCAUUGGAUAUGUUGCACCAGAAUAUGGGGAAGGUGGUCAAGUAUCUGUGCGCGGAGAUGUGUACAGCUUCGGAAUUGUCCUCCUCGAGAUGUCUACUGGGAAGUCACCUACUCAUGACAUGUUCAGGGACGGGUUAACGUUGCAGAACUAUGUGGAGGCGGCAUUCCCUGAUGGGCUUAUGAAGGUCUUUGAUCCAUUAUUGUUGGCAACAGAAGAAGUUCCUGCGAAUGAUUUGUGUGAGGGAAGCAGCUCACUCAGAGAUCCAUGUAAUGUCCUGACCUUCGUUACAAGAGUGGCACUGCUGUGUUGUAAUCAAGCACCAGCAGAAAGGAUGCUUAUGAGAGAUGCUGCAGCCGAGCUCCACAGGAUCAGGGCUCGACCCAUCACAACACCAAUUGAUCAGUUUGUUCUUGAGUGAUGUAGUACCAAGAGCUGUAAGGUAUCAGAUCUCUGUAAUAUCUUGAAUGAUGAUAAGAGUAUAUUACCUGAACGAUAA